UUACUAAAAUCAUUGGUUUCGGUUUCCUUCUCUCUCUAUCGCUCGCAAUCGCAAAUCAUCAAACGGUUUUUGUCUCUUUGCGAUCAGAUCUCAUCGGAGAGCAAUAUGGCUUCAGGUUUCAGCGGCGAUGAAACUGCUCCUUUCUUCGGAUUCCUCGGCGCUGCCGCCGCUCUCGUUUUCUCCUGUAUGGGAGCAGCGUACGGGACAGCGAAGAGCGGGGUUGGCGUGGCGUCGAUGGGUGUGAUGAGACCAGAGCUUGUGAUGAAAUCGAUUGUUCCCGUGGUUAUGGCUGGUGUGUUAGGUAUCUAUGGUCUCAUCAUUGCUGUCAUCAUCAGUACUGGAAUCAACCCAAAGGCUAAGUCUUACUACCUCUUCGAUGGCUAUGCUCAUCUCUCUUCCGGUCUCGCUUGUGGUCUCGCUGGUCUCUCCGCCGGUAUGGCUAUUGGUAUCGUCGGCGACGCUGGUGUUAGAGCGAAUGCACAACAACCCAAGCUGUUUGUGGGAAUGAUUCUGAUUCUCAUCUUUGCUGAAGCACUGGCGUUGUACGGUCUCAUUGUUGGUAUCAUCCUCUCUUCUCGUGCUGGUCAGUCUAGAGCCGAGUGAAUGCAGAAAGCUUUUUCAUAAUGGGUCAAGUCCUUUUGUUAUGUUCUGUGAUAUAUUUCACUUUCAGUUUUCUUUUGUGGGAUUGUGAGUUUUUGAGUUUCUCAUCAAAAAACAAGCAAUUUGGGUGAUAAACUGAUAAUCAUUUAUGACUUUGGUUCUAAAUAUUUUUUUUGCUAUAUGGAU